AUGCCUCAGCAGGAAAGACAAAUCAGAUGUCUGCAAGCCAACAACAGACAAUUCAACUCUAUUGGAUAUCCGAACAAUACCAUCAAGACCUCAAAAUAUAAUGUUGUUAACUUCCUGCCCCUGAACCUGUUUGAACAGUUCCAGAGACUUGCAAAUAUAUAUUUCCUCAUUUUGCUGUUUCUACAGGUGAUUCCCCAGAUCUCCUCCUUGGCAUGGUAUCCAACUGUGAUACCCCUGAUGGUGGUGGUGUCCAUAACAGCAGUGAAAGAUGCCAUCGAUGACCUGAAAAGGCACCAAAAUGAUGACCAAGUCAACAACCAGUCUGUUCUGCUGCUGGUAAAUGGCAGGAUGGAGGAGGACAAGUGGAUGAAUGUCCAAGUAGGAGAUAUAAUAAAACUACAAAAUAAUCAGCCUGUCAUGGCAGAUAUGCUAUUACUCUCUAGCAGUGAGCCAUACGGUCUGACAUACAUAGAGACAGCAGGAUGGAAAACAAUUAAUUGUGAUCCCUUUGUGGGCUUAAUGAAUACUUGGGAGGGUUGCAGAGUAUAUUUCCUUGGAGGUCUACGUAGUGAAACCAACCUGAAAGUGAAGCAGGCCAUCAAAACUACCAGUGAAAUGAAAGAUAACCUGGAGCUGCUCUCUGCCUUUGAUGGAGAAGUGAGGUGUGAGCCUCCCAAUAAUAAACUGGACAAAUUCACAGGAAUACUGAACUAUAAGAAGAAAAGAUACUUCCUGAACCAAGACAAGUUGCCAUUCCGAGGCUGUGUCAUCAGGAAUACAGAUUGGUGCUAUGGCUUGGUGGUUUAUACUGGGCCAGACACCAAAUUAAUGCAGAACAGUGGAAAGUACACCUUUAAACGGACACAGAUAGACCAUCUCAUGAAUGUCUUUGUACUCUGGAUUUUCCUGUUUUUAGGCAUCAUGUGUUUUAUCCUAGCAGUUGGGAAUGGAAUUUGGGAGAGCAGGAAAGGCUACUACUUCCAGAUUUUUCUGCCAUGGGAAAAAUAUGUCUCUUCAUCAACUGUCUCUGCCGUCCUCGUAUUCUGGUCCUACUUCAUAAUUCUCAACACCAUGGUGCCCGUUUCCCUCUAUGUCAGUGUUGCAAUAAUAAAAUUGGGCAACAGUUACUAUAUCAAGUCGGAUCGGAAGAUGUUUUGUGCACCAAGGAACACACCAGCACAGGCUCGUACCACCACCCUUAAUGAGGACCUUGGCCAGGUCAAAUAUGUGUUCUCCGACAAAACAGGGACCUUGACUCAGAACAUCAUGACUUUCAACAAGUGUUCUAUUAAUGGGAAGCGCUGUGGAAUGCAUAUCUUCCUGCUUUCCCAGAGUUCUGGGGAAAUUCUACUUUGCAGAUGGUUUUCAAGAAAAGAAAAGGUGGACUUCUCCUGCAACAAACUGGCUGAUCCUAAGUUUUCAUUUUAUGACAAGACUUUGGUGGAAGCAGUGGAAAAGGGAGAUCACUGGGUGCACUUGUUUUUCCUCUCACUCUCAUUGUGUCAUACUGUGAUAUCAGAAGAAAAUGUGGAAGGUAUGCUGGUAUACCAGGCUCAGUCGCCAGAUGAAGGUGCCCUGGUCACUGCUGCCAGGAACUUUGGCUUUGUGUUCCGUUCCCGCACAUCUGAGACAGUCACGAUGGUCGAAAUGGGGAAAACCAGAAUCUACAAACUGCUGAAUAUUUUAGACUUCAACAAUGUGCACAAGAGGAUGUCUGUUAUUGUGAGGACACCUGAAGAUUGGGUAAUGUUUUUCUGCAAGGGUGCAGACACUAUCACGUGUGAACUACUUCAUCCGUCCUGUAGAUCCCUUAGUGAUGUGACCAUGGAGCACUUAGAUGACUAUGCCAGCGAAGGCCUUCGCACCCUCAUGGUGGCCUACUGAGAGCUAGACGAUGCGUUUUUUCAAGACUGGAGCAAGAAACAGAAUGAAGCCUGGCAGUCUUUGGAGAAUCGGGAAGACAAAUUAUCAAAUGUCUAUGAAGAGAUUGAAAAAGACUUGAUGCUGUUAGGGGCUACAGCCAUAGAAGACAAGCUGCAAGAUGGAGUACCUGAGACAAAUCUGAACAAAGCCAAAAUUAAAAUAUGGGUUUUAACUGGAGAUAAGCAAGAGACUGCUGUGAACAUUGCCUACUCCUGUAAUAUACCUGAUGAUGAAAUGGAUGAGGUGUUCAUUGUGAAAGGCAAGGAUGAUGAGACUGUUCUGCAAGAACUCAGGUACAAAUGGGAGAGUGACCAGAGCAAGUCUCUCCUGGAUACAGACCCAAUAAACACCUACCUCGCCAUGAAGCCUAAAAUGCCCUUCAAAAUACCUGAUACCCAGGCCAAUGGCAACUAUGGCUUGAUCAUCAGUGGCUACAGUCUGGCCUACUCUUUAGAAGGAAACUUGGAGUUGAAACUCCUGCAAACUGCAUGCUUGUGUUCAGGGGUAAUCUGCUGCCAGAUGACACCCCUCCAGAAGGCCCAGGUGGUAGAGCGGAAGAGGUAUAAGAAGGUGGUGACACUGACCAUCGGGGAUGGGGCCAAUGACAUCAGCAUGGGCAAAGCUGCCCACACUGGAGUCGGCAUUAGUGGCUAUGAGGGGAUGCAAGCCAUGCUCAACAGCAACUUCUCCUUCUCCCAGUUCUACUAUCUUCAACGUCUGCUCUUGGUCCAUGCACUGUCUUAUAAUUGCAUGUGCAAGUUUCUCAGCUACUUCUUCUAUAAGACCUUCACCUUCACCCUGGUGCACUGCUGGUAUGCCUUCUUCAACGGCUUCUCUGCACAGACAGUUUGCGAUGCCUGAUUUAUCACCUGCUACAAUCUGAUCUACACCUCCCUUGCUGUCCUGGUCAUGAGUCUGUUUGAUCAGGUAAGACCCAGCAGCAAGCCCUUAGUCAAGGUUGAAGCCCCUGAGCCCUUGAGGACUAUUCCUAAGAGUGAGGAAGACAGCAAGAGCUAG